AUGAAGAUUGACAUGCAUGACUGCAGGUUCUACGACAGCCAAGAGGACCCCAUCGAAAAGAACCCGCUCCAAGUGCACUGCCUUCGCGAGCAGAUCCUAGCAAACGCCAGGGUUGCAUUCAUGGUUAAUGGUGAUUUCCAUCUCAUCACAGGAGUAGAUCCGAAUCAAGAAGAUGGGGUACCAGUAGAUAUCCGCUUCGCACAUCUUUUUCGACGAUAUUGUCUUGGUGGUCAGCAGUACAUGGCCUUUAUUUUGAUUGUCAGAGGGCUCAAUGAUAAAUGUCCGUUACUGGGCAUGCAGCGCUAUUUGGAGGAAAUGGUUUAUGAGACAAUGGACUCAGACAUUGUUUACGACGCGGCGCGGGAUUGGAAUGGGUUUGUAGAUACCCGCAGAUGGUUGCAACACUGA